AUGAAUAAUUUCGGACCAUCCGAUAUUCAGCCCAUAAAGAUUGACAGUAAUGUUAGGUUCUCAUCUAUCGGAGGCCUAAAAGAGCAUAUAAGAUGCCUCCGGGAGAUGAUAAUCUUCCCGCUGAUGUAUCCGGAAUUAUUCAAGAAGUUCAACACUAGGCCGGCCAAGGGUGUCUUGUUCCACGGCCCACCGGGCACUGGCAAGACUUUACUGGCGCGAGCUCUAGCCAAUGAGUGCAGUGUUGUCGGUGGAAGGAAGGUUUCCUUCUUCAUGAGGAAAGGAGCUGAUAUUAUGAAUAAGUAUUAUGGAGAGAGUGAGAGGAAUUUGAGGAUGCUAUUUACACAGGCGAGGAAAAUGAAACCAUCGAUAAUAUUCUUCGACGAAAUUGACGCGUUGGCACCAGCUCGUCGGCCGUCUGAUGAUCAUACUCACUCCAGUGUGGUGGCCACGUUACUGGCAGAAAUGGACGGCUUGUGUGACAGGGGUAACGUGAUAGUGAUCGGUGCAACUAAUCGACCAGACGCGAUGGAUCCGGCAGUGCGUCGAGCUGGUCGGUUCGACCGGGAACUCUACUUUCCGCCCCCCGAAGCUGACGCACGGAGGGACAUCCUGGCCAUCUACACCAAGGAAUGGGAGCCUAGUCUCACAAACGACACCCUCGAUAACAUUGCUAAAGUCACUGUUGGGUAUUUGGGUUCAGAUAUAAAAGCGCUAUGUUCUGAAGCAGUAUUGAAAGCAGUGAGAAGAGUGUAUCCGCAGAUUUAUGAAGCUGACUACAAGUUGGUCGUAAAUGCUACUAACGUGGAAGUAACAACAGAGGACAUCCUAGCAGCAAUGGAGGAGAUAGUCCCAGCAGGGAACCGCUACGUACCGCAAGCAGCUCGCCCUCUGCCCCAGCACUGCGUGCCGUUGUUGCAAGGCCAGAUACAGGCUGCCGUCACACUGCUUCGACGCACUUUCCCUGUUCCUGCUGAGCGUCAGAAGCAGAAGACUCAGCCUAAGUUGUCAACAUCUGCGCCGUGUGUGUUCCUCAUUAGUGGCGAAUGUGCAGAGACGUACAUAGCGCCUGCCCUCUUGGCCCAGUUGGAACAUUGCAUCGUGAAGGAGCUCAGUAUACCCUCACUGCACUCUGCGCAUUCGUACUCACCCGAACAAGCUGUCAUUACGCUGUUUGCAGAAUGCCGUAGAACAGGUCGUGCUUGCGUGAUAUUCGUGAGAGACUUGCUCGCCAUCUGGGAGACUCUGGUAAAGAAGAACGGCGCCGCGGUGUUAUUGCAGCUAUGGCGCAUGCGCUCUGUUGGCGACAACACUCUGCUGCUCGCCACUUGUAGCGGGAGCUAUGGGGAGCUUCCUAAAGAGUUACAAGAAGUAUUCCCAGUGUACAAGGACUGCAUUUACUGCGUGCGGGAGCCGACGCUGACGGAGGUGAACAACUUCCUGGCUCCAGUCGUGACGCAGUUGCCGCUUGUACCGCCUGUUGUGUUCAACGUCAUACCACCUCCACCGCUGCCAAGAGAUGACGAUAUGGUGUCGAUUCAUGAAGAUUGUUAA